AUGGCAAGUAAUGAGUGCCAUUGGUCUACUAGGAAAAAAACCCCUAAGGCAGCUGGAAUUUAUGAGAUAAAUGACAACACUGCACUUGCCGCCAAGGUUGAGGCCCUCACAAAGAGAUUCAAUCAGUUUGUGUUGGGUACAAGCUCAAAUUCUGGAGCAGUUUUGUCUUGCAAGACCUGUGGGGCGGGGCAUGCUACUAUUCAGUGUCCAAUCUCAAUAGCCACAGAUGCCCCAGUUGAGACAGUUGAUUAUGUUGGGGGAGCUUCAAGAGGCCCGGGGAAUCCCUAUGGAAACACAUAUAAUCCGGGGUGGAGGAAUCACCCAAAUUUUUCAUGGGGUCAACAACAGCAACAUCAACCACCGCAGUCACAAGGACCUCUACAUCAACCUCCUCAGCAGCCCGAGAAGAAGUUCACCACUGAAGAUGUGUUAGCGAGGUUUAUGAUCAAUACCGAGGCGAAAUUUGUGAACAUCAACAAUCAAUUCGCUGAAGUGAACACUGUUUUGAGGAAUGAGAAAGCCUCCAUUCAAUCAUUGGAAAACCAGGUUGGGCAACUUGCUAGGGCAAAUUCGGAGCGCCCACCGAGUAGCUUACCUAGUAACACUGAAAAUAAUCCGAGGGAGCAUUUGAAAGCCGUCACUCUUAGGAGCGGGAAACAGGUUGAAGCACGAGCCGAGGAGGGCUCAAGCACUAAACAUAAUGGGGUAGCCAUACAGGAAGACCCUAAGCCAUCUGAAAGUGAUGUUGAAGGGGUAAAGGAAAAACAAGAUGAAGGAACCAUUCAACUACCAACACCAAGGAUACUCGAGUACAAGCCGGUGAUUCCCUAUCCGGCUAGGCUGAGGCAAGAUAAAGACGAGGCUCAAUUCAAGAAAUUCCUUAAUAGGAAACUCCCUGAGAAAUUGAAUGAUCCUGGGAGUUUCAUUAUUCCAUGUGUGAUUGGGGAAGACAUGCAAGAAAAAGCCUUGGCAGAUUCUGGGGCCAGCAUCAAUGAGGUCUUGGCGAUUAACCCCUUGGAUGAAUUCUUGGAAGGAAUGGAUAGCGAUGAGUACAAGUUGAACAACCCACCUCCCACACAAGUAAAGCAUGUAGGCUAUGUGGGGACAUUUCCGUGGCCGAACAAUAAGAAGAAAUCAACCACAAGGAAAAUUUGGUGUAAGAGGGACAAGAAAAAGAAAUUGGGGAUGAAUUGCACACUAUCACCACCAUGGGAGAUCGAUCGACUAUUCUUCGAGGGGAAGGAAAUUGAAGUGUUGAUUGUGGACCGAAGGACUCUUAACUCGCUCAUCGAGGGCGCUCUUUAA